GACAACCCCGAAGCCGGGUCGCGCCGCCCGUCGGGCCGGAGGGGAUGUUCGAGGACGAGCCCCAAGCCGAGGGGGCGGCGGUGGUCGCCGCGGCCAGGGAGGCGCUGCAGGCCCUGUGCCAGGAGCUGAACCUGGAUGAGGGCAGCGCGGCCGAAGCCCUGGACGACUUCACUGCCAUCCGCGGCAACUACAGCCUAGAGGGAGAAGUCGUACACUGGCUGGCAUGUUCUUUAUAUGUUGCUUGCCGCAAGAGCAUCAUUCCUACAGUGGGAAAGGGCGUCAUGGAAGGAAACUGUGUUUCAUUGACCAGAAUACUUCGCUCAGCUAAGUUAAGCUUAAUACAGUUUUUUAGUAAAAUGAAGAAGUGGAUGGACAUGUCAAACCUACCACAAGAAUUUCGUGAACGUAUAGAAAGGCUAGAGAGAAAUUUUGAAGUAUCAACUGUAAUUUUUAAAAAAUUUGAGCCCAUUUUUUUAGAUAUAUUUCAAAAUCCAUAUGAAGAGCUACCAAAGUUGCCACGGAGCAGGAAGCAGAGGAGAAUUCCUUGCAGUGUAAAGGAUCUCUUUAAUUUCUGCUGGACACUCUUUGUUUACACUAAGGGUAAUUUCCGUAUGAUUGGUGAUGAUUUAGUAAACUCAUAUCAUUUACUUCUGUGCUGCUUGGACCUGAUUUUUGCCAAUGCUAUUAUGUGCCCAAAUAGACGAGACUUGCUAAAUCCAUCAUUUAAAGGUUUACCAUCUGAUUUCCAUGCUCCUGACUUCAAAGCUGCAGAAGAGCCUCCCUGUAUCAUUGCCGUACUUUGUGAUCUACAUGAUGGACUUCUAGUAGAAGCAAAAGGAAUAAAGGAGCAUUAUUUCAAGCCAUAUAUUUCAAAACUCUUUGAUAAGAAGAUUUUAAAAGGUGAAUGUCUUUUGGACCUUUCCAGUUUUGCUGAUAAUAGCAAAGCAGUGAACAAGGAGUACGAGGAGUAUGUUCUAACUGUGGGUGACUUUGAUGAGAGGAUCUUUUUGGGAGCAGAUGCUGAGGAGGAAAUUGGAACACCUCGAAAGUUCACCGCUGACACCCCAUUUGGGAAACUGACAUCAGAGGCCAAUGUGGAAUACAACCUUCAACAACAUUUUGAAAAAAAACAGUCAUUUGCACCUUCUACCCCGCUUACCGGACGGCGGUAUUUACAAGAAAAAGAGGCAGUCACCACUCCUGUUGCUUCAGCUACUCAAAGUGUAAGCCGUUUACAGAGUAUUGUGGCUGGACUAAAAAAUGCACCAAGUGAGCAACUUCUGAAUAUUUUUGAAUCUUGUAUGCGGAAUCCUAUGGAAAACAUUACGAGAAUAGUGAAAGGAAUAGGAGAGACUUUCUGCCAACACUAUACUCAGUCCACAGAUAAACAGCCAGGAUCUCACAUAGACUUUGCUGUAAACAGACUAAAACUGGCAGAAAUUUUGUAUUAUAAAAUAUUAGAGACUAUAAUGGUCCAGGAAACACGAAGACUUCAUGGAAUGGACAUGUCAGUUCUUUUAGAGCAAGAUAUAUUUCACAGAUCCUUGAUGGCUUGUUGUUUGGAAAUUGUGCUCUUUGCCUAUAGCUCGCCUCGUACUUUCCCUUGGAUUAUUGAAGUUCUUGAUUUGCAACCAUUUUAUUUUUAUAAGGUUAUUGAGGUGGUGAUCCGCUCAGAGGAGGGGCUUUCCAGAGAUAUGGUAAAACACCUAAACAAUAUUGAAGAACAGAUUUUGGAGAGUUUGGCUUGGAGUAAUAAUUCUGCACUGUGGGAAGCUCUCCAUGCUUCUGCAAACAAAGUUCCUACUUGUGAAGAAGUUAUAUUCCCAAAUAACUUUGAAAUAGGAAAUGGAGGAAAUGUACAGGGCCAUCUCCCCAUGAUGCCAAUGUCUCCAAUAAUACACCCAAGAGUGAAGGAAGUUCGGACUGAUAGUGGGAGCCAUCGAAGGGAUAUGCAACCGCUGUCUCCGAUUUCUGUCCAUGAACGCUACAGCUCUCCUGCUGCAGGAAGUGCUAAGAGGAGACUUUUUGGAGAUGACCCACCAAAGGACAUGUUUGUGGAUAAGAUUAUGGCAGAAGGAACAAAACUGAAAAUUGCUCCUUCAAAUGUGACUGCUGAAAGCUUAUCGAUUUCCCCUGGUCAAGCUCUGCUGACAAUGGCCACAACCACAGUAACAGGGACAGUAGGACAGAAGGUUACAGUUCCUUUGCACGGUGUUGCCAAUGAUGCUGGAGAGAUCACACUGGUUCCUAUUUCCAUGAAUACAACUCAGGAGUCCAAAGCUGAAAGUCCUGUAUCACUAACUGCCCAGUCAUUAAUUGGUGCUUCUCCAAAACAGACCCAUCUGACUAAAGUCCAAGAAGCUCAUCUGACUGGAAUAAGCAAACCAAAGAGAACUGGAUCCUUAGCACUAUUUUAUAGAAAGGUCUAUCACUUGGCAAGUGUGCGCUUACGUGAUUUAUGUUUAAAACUUGAUGUUUCUAAUGAGUUACGAAGGAAGAUCUGGACAUGUUUUGAAUUCACUUUAGUUCACUGCCCUGAUUUAAUGAAAGAUCGGCAUUUGGAUCAGCUCCUUCUGUGUGCCUUUUACAUCAUGGCGAAAGUAACAAAAGAAGAAAGAACUUUUCAAGAAAUAAUGAAAAGUUAUAGGAAUCAGCCCCAAGCUAAUAGUCACGUGUAUAGGAGUGUUCUCUUGAAAAGUAUUCCAAGAGAAGUUGUGGCAUACAGUGGUGAUUGUGAAAUGACAGAUGGUGACAUAGAAGAUGCCACAAAGACACCCAACUGUUCCAGUGAACCAGUGAAAGAGGAAAGAGGUGAUCUUAUCAAAUUCUACAAUACAAUAUAUGUAGGAAGAGUGAAGUCAUUUGCAUUGAAGUAUGACUUGUCCAAUCAAGACCAUAUAAUGGAUGCUCCACCCCUCUCUCCUUUCCCACAUAUUAAGCAGCAGCCGGGCUCCCCACGCCGCAUAUCCCAGCAGCAUUCCAUUUAUGUUUCACCACACAAAAAUGGAUCCGGCCUCACCCCCAGGAGUGCUCUGCUGUACAAGUUCAAUGGCAGCCCUUCUAAGAGUUUGAAAGAUAUCAACAACAUGAUAAGGCAAGGUGAUCAGAAAACCAAGAAGCGCGUAAUAGCUAUCAGUGGAGAUGCAGACUCACCUGCCAAACGUCUCUGCCAGGAGAAUGAUGAUGUUUUACUUAAGCGACUACAAGAUGUGGUCAGUGAAAGAGCAAACCACUAGUGGCGCUCCUUCUUCUGACCGAGCGCUGUGGUGCUGUUCUGGAGAAACUUUUAUCACUGGGUUAUACCAAAACUUGCACCAAAAGCAAGUUUUUUUUUUUU